CAAUUAAAGCCCGACAAGUUCGAGGAGGUCAGCCAGCAGAUCAACUUCCUACUGCUUUUGGUGAACCGUUUCGCUGAGGCGAAGCUCAGCCCAAUGGAGUUCGCCUACCUCAAACUCGUCUCAAUUCCGACAUCAACGUGUGCCAGUGACACACGACCCCUGAACGUGACCGCCUGCCAGGAGCUGUACGAGCAUGUGAUGGCGUCGUCGUCGAACGAUGAUUCGACUUCUGAAGACAAUGAGACCCACGUACUCCCGAUUACUACAGCUGCUGCCGAAUCUGCGAUGGUUCCGCGAAUCGGUGCUCGUCGAGCUGUUCUUUUCCGGUCUAAUAGGGAACCUUUCAAUCGAGACGGUGAUCCCGUUCGUGUUGAAGAUGGAUGUGAUGAACGUAUUCGGGCCAUCCCAAGGCUUCUGACUCCAUCUCCCAGCGCUAGUUUGGCCCGUAUCCUCUCCGGCAACUAG